GUUUAAGUACAAAGUUAACAAAUCUGGCCUCAUUUUGUCGUGUUUAAGUGUUAUCUAUACAAAAUAUGUGUUGUUUCUACGAAAAUAUAAGUAUUCACCUACAAAUAUUAUGAUUUUUGUGUUCCUAAUAGGAUGUAUAGGAUAUUUGUGUUCUCAUCUACAUCUAGUUGAUUCUCUAUUCGAAAUUAAAAGUGACCCGGAGAUAUAUAUGAAUAUUAGUGAAAUAAUACGGAGACAAGGCUAUCUAGUCGAAGAACAUGAGAUUACUACCAGUGAUCAAUAUAUUCUGUGUUUAAUUAGACUUUACACAAAACAGUCAGUUUAUCAAAAGCGUAAAGUUGUUUUAUUGCAACAUGGAUUGUUGGACUCGUCACAUGCAUGGGUGAUGAAUUUAAAAAAUCAGAGUUUAGGAUAUAUUUUGGCUGAUUAUGGGUAUGAUGUAUGGCUAGGAAACAGCAGAGGCAAUACAUAUUCAAAAAAACAUAAGCAUUUUGAUUCAAGUCAAAAAGAGUAUUGGGAUUUUUCAUGGCAAGAAAUGUCGGGUUAUGAUUUUCCGGCUACAAUCAGAUAUAUUAUAUCUGUUACUAAGAUGAAACAACUAAGCUAUAUUGGAUUUUCUCAGGGAUCACUUAUCGCUAUGACGGCAUUAGAUGACAACCCAGAAUUACAAUCAAAUAUUAAUCUAUUUAUAGCCUUUGGCCCAGUUGGCUAUUUCGCAAAUGUGAAAGGCAUUUUCCUCCCACUAGUUCAUCACUAUAUAAUUGCUCAGUUUGUCCUAAAAUAUUUAACACGUGGUGAAGUCCUUCCGUCCGAUCAUUAUAUGAAGAUUUUGGGAAAGUAUCUUUGCGGGUUUGGCCCAAAUUUGUGCAUGUCCGUUAUUGAUAGUAUUGCUGGAAACGAUGGCUUCAAUACUAAUUUGACACGUCUUCCACUUAUUAUCGCUCACUCUCCAGCAGGAACGUCGACUAAAAAUCUAGUCCAUUUUAGCCAAAUGAUUGACAGUCAUCUGCUACAGAAAUUUGACUACGGACAGUACAUGAAUAGACAUAUUUAUGGUCAAGACGAUCCUCCUUCAUACACCCUGAAAAACUUUAACAUUCCAACAGUCAUUUAUCAUGGUGGAAAUGAUCAUUUAUGUACAAACGAAAGCAUAGAUUUACUUAUACAAAGGAUUAACAAAACUAUCAUCUCUGUGAACUAUAUCGAAAAUUAUAACCAUUUAGGCUACUUCUGGAGUACAAAUGCUGUAGACCUAAUUUACUCAUCGUUACUUAGAUUAAUCGAGAAAUAUCACGGAUAAGAUUUUAAGAAGCUGACAGUUAUCUCUAUCCAAUAAACCAAAUUAUCUAUUUUCUUCGUUUAAUAUCUGUCAAAAUUUUUAAUGUUUUAAUGAUAGUAAUGACGAGAAAAUGUAACAAUCGAUUUAGGCCUGUAAUAAAUCAGUUGAAAUUAGCUUACUGAAGAGAAAUGCCCAUUAUUUUGUUUAUGGAUUUUCGUCAUUUGGAGAACUUACAAACUACGAGCAAGUUAUUUGUUUGAAUGAUUGAAAAUCAUUACUUAGCUUCGUUUUAGUUCACAAGAAAUCUCUCCUCACAUAUUCAUAGCCAUGAAAUUUAAAGUUGUAAUUGGAUGAUGAAACAUCUGGAAUACGUAUGGUUUACGGUAGGAAAUCAGAAGUUAUACAUAUUUAGUCUUGAUUCUGAAAAUCUAGAUCUUUGGAGACCAUUUCAUCUAUUUUUAAAUGCUGAAUUUAUAAACGAGUUUGUGAGCCGAAUGUGAUGUGGUUUUGUCAAUAUUUGACCAAAUGUAACAACUUUUCUUCAUGGAUUGUGAUUGCGGCUUGAUAAUAGAUUUUUCAACAGGGACCUAAUUCCUAGAAAAGAUUUGAGUGCCAUUUCGUUUUUCUGACUAAUCGCAAUGCAAUUUAAUUUUAUUAACCGCAGAUUCUCUUGGACGACAGAGAAAAAGCACGAACAGGUAUGUAACUAUAUGACAGAAAAAAUUCAGUGCAAAUGAACUUACGUGCUGAAUUUAUUUUUCAUAGACUAAUUAUCAUAAGUUAGUUUGAAAAAACGCACCUGAAUAGUUAGUAUCGGAAUCACUAAUAUCCAAAUAUUAGAAAUGUCACAACGGAUGAAAACUAAUAAAUGAAUUUAAUGUUUGAUUCCUUUCCAAGUAUCUGCAAUUGGCACAAGAUCAUUUCUGUAAAAACAACUGUUCCGUUGUGUUUUGUUCCAUCAAAGUGAAUUAUUUUUUAGGUUUGUUGUCCUAUACUAUCUUGCGAAAAACGAGAUAUAUUCAUUUUUUCUGUUUGUUUACUUUGGAUGUCCUCAAGAGCGAUGUUAUGUUUUUUAGCUUGGUUUUUGACAUUCGUUUCUUAUGUGAAAACAGUGGAGGCUACAAACUCUUUCUUAGAAGCAUUCUUAUUACCAUUUACAGAUACUAAAAUCCAUAACUUGUUAUAAAUUUUUCUCAAUAAACUUACAGGGAUAAUAA